GCGAACAUGUCAAACAGAACUUUAGUUUUCGUCACUGGAAACGCGAACAAACUCAAAGAAGUUCGUGCAAUCCUGUCUGAUACUUCAGAUGGUUCCGCUCCAAUCAAUUUAGAGUCGAAAGACUUCAACAUCCCUGAAUUACAGGGAACAACUCAAGACGUAGCUCGCGAGAAGUGUAGACGAGCCGCGGAGUUGGUGGGUGGUCCGUGUAUCACCGAGGAUGUGGCGUUAUGUUUCAAAGCUAUGAAUGACCUUCCUGGACCUUACAUCAAACACUUUCUUAAAGCUCUCGGACCAGGAGGCUUGAGUACUCUCCUCGAAGGAUUCCCAACAAACGAUGCAUACGCAAUAUGUACUUUCGCAUAUAGCGCCGGUCCUGGAACGGAACCUAUACUUUUUGAGGGGAAGACACAGGGCAAGAUUGUUUCACCGCGUGGGCCCCAGGAUUUUGGAUGGGAUUGUGCGUUUGAAGCUGAAGGGACAGGGAAAACGUAUGCGGAGAUGCGCUCAGAUGAGAAGAACAAGAUAUCGCAUCGAUCCCGUGCACUCGCGCUGUUGAGAGCGUACCUGAAAGAUCUGCCCUUGGAGGCAGACAUUCAGGGACAUUCACACGCGGAGGCAACGUUGGCAUAAGUUGCCCCCUAUCCCAGUGCCAGACUAGCAAAAGAUGUUUUAAGAAGAAAUUAAAUGUAGACAUAGAAGUAAUAUUUGUAACUCACUGUAG